AAACUUCGAAGAGGCAGGUUGAAUAUUAUUUUGGAGCUGGAAUGGAGGCUGCUUGCUACAGAGAGUUGAAUUCUCUUGUUGGUGCUCUCCCUCUAACUGGUGGCCCGGCAUGCUGUAAGCCGUCGCAUUUCUGCGCUGAUGGGAAGAAUAAAGGCAGCAGAGAGUGAAGGCGGAGUAAAGCUCCCACCUUUAGCUAUUGGCUGCCCUCGGUUCCCUAGCGCUGGGGUUCCCGUUCCCUGCAGAUGGAGAGUCAAUCGACUUCGAGGAGCGGGAGCAGCGCCGGAUUCUCCACCUACUCGGGUAGCCGGAGUAGCCUAAAGGAGAUCGACGAUGACCAGCAAAUGCCGGAUGGUUCGAGAUUGAAGAACGAAGGGGGCGGUGAGAAUGAGGACGACAAGAUUCAUGUGGCGGUAGAAAGGGACUUCAAGCUGGGAAAGGAAAACCUAGUGUGGGUGAUUAAGAACACCCCUAAGACGAAGACAAUCGUCAUCGUCCACGUCAAUGUCCCCGCCAUGUUUAUUCCCUUGAGAUCUUGGAUUCCAGCACAACAACUGAGGGAACAGGAGAUAUAUGCAUUCCGACAGUCUGAGAAGGCAAAGAUGGAAAAAGCAUUAAACAAAUAUGUUCAAAGAUGCUCUGCCCUAAAGGAGGUGCAAGCUGAAAAACUGGUGAUUGAGGCAGAUGAUGUUGGUUCAGGGAUAGUACAACUUAUUGCUCAACAUAAGAUAACCAACCUUGUUAUGGGAGCAGCAGCAGAUAAAAAUUAUUCAAGGAAAAUGAGGGAGCCAAGAUCAAAGAAAGCACUCAUUGUACAGAAGCAGGCCGAUCCAUCAUGUAAGAUCUUAUUUGUUUGCAAAGGGAACCUGAUUUGCACAAGGGAAGCUAGUCCAGUUGCAUAUGGUAAUAUACUAACAAGCAGAGUCAUUCUAAGUGCCACUACCCAGCCAUCUGGUAACUCAAAUCCCAACACAUCACCUACUCACGGUCAUCUACUAAAUUUCAUUCCUGACUCUGCACAAGAGGAACUUAGUCAACCAUCAAUAUCAACUAUUCCUGGUUCAUCAAUGAUGGAUCUACCCUGUGACAACCACACUGAAUCAAGUUCAGGCAGUAGAGAUGGUAUAGUCAUUGAUUUGUUUGAUGUGGUUUCAAGGAGCGUUAGGAGUUCGGUGACUGAUGAGAUACCUUGCACUAGCAGUUCAAUAAGCAUCGCGAAGGAUCAGAAAAAUGUGGGAUCAUUUGUUCUUGCAUCUCCACAUGGUUUUGAGGCUCCCCUUCAAUUGUCAACAUCAAAUAGUGAUAUGGAUGGUGCCACGCUAAAUGAUGAAUUGUACAAUGAUCUACGACAUGCUGUUGUAGAGGCAAAUAACUUGACUCAUGCAGCGAAGGAAGAAGCUCUUAGGCAUCAAAAAGCUGUUCGAGAUUUGCAUGGUGCUGCUGAGAAGAUCAAAGCAGUUGAAGAUUUGUAUACUACAGAGAUGGAACAAAGGAAGGAUAUUGAAGAUAUGCUCUCGAAAGAAACAAGAAGAGUAGAAGAAAUUAUGAAACAGCGAAAUGAAAUGUUUGAACAACUUUGUAAAACACUUGAGAAAAAGGCAGCAUUGGAACAAGAAGUUAUUGAUGUCAAACACAAGACAAAGGACCUUGAGAAAAAAUUAUCAGAUACUCAUUAUCUUCUCAUCACACUCCAAAGUGAGAAUGUUGAGCUACGGAAGGAGAGAGACAAUGCAGUAAGAGAAGCCGAAAAGCUACAUCAUCAGAUAGAAGAAUUGGAAAGGAGAAUCCAAGGUGCAGAUAUAUUCUGUGACUUCUCCUACUCAGAGUUGCAACAGGCAACUAAUAACUUUGAUGAGUCAUAUAAGAUCAGAGAAGGUGGUUACGGAAUUGUCUACAAGGGAACACUUGGGCAGAAAACAGUAGCUAUAAAAAAGCUGAAUUCUCAAGUCAUGCAAGGGCAAAAAGCGUUUCAUAAAGAGAUUAAUGUUCUCAGUAAGCUGAAGCAUCCAAACCUUGUCAAGCUAUUGGGAGCGUGCCCAGAAGCCUGGGCUCUGGUUUAUGAUUUUCUUCCCAAUGGAAGCUUAGAAGAUCGCCUCACUUGCAAAGACAGUUCACCACCUCUAACUUGGCAGAUCCGAAUUCGUGUUGCUGUGGAAAUUUGCUCUGCUCUAAACUUUCUCCAUCAUAACAAGUGUCUUAGUGUAGUCCAUGGAGAUCUUACGCCAGCUGUCAUUCUUCUUGAUGCAAACUUCAUCAGCAAACUUGGCGACUAUGGUAUCUGUAGUCUUGUUCAGUUCAACGAAAGCAUGACUCUCUAUCGCUGUACUCAUGCCAUGGGAACUUUUGUAUACAUGGAUCCUGAGUUUCUUGCUUCUGGGGAGAUUACACCGCUCUCAGAUGUGUAUUCUUAUGGCAUUAUUCUUCUGCGCCUUUUGACAGGGAGACCACCAUUUGGGAUUAACAGAGCAGUGCAGCAAGCAUUGGAUAUGGGGUCCCUUUCUGAAGUCCUUGAUGCUUCAGCAGGAGACUGGCCUUACUAUGAGGCCGAGCAGCUGGCACACUUGGGUUUGAGGUGCUCAGAGAUUACAAGAAAGAGUCGACCUGAUGCAGGAGAGGCCUUGAAAAUGCUUGAGCCCUUGAUGAAGUGUCUCUCAUUGCUAGAGUUGCCAUGAAGGAGAAGUUCAGAUGACAAUAUUUGCAGUUUGCCUCCAACUGUUGAAUGAAUCUACUUCAAGAUCUUGACAAUCAGAGUCAUCUGUAAUCUAUGAUUUAGUUGGAAGUCUCUCACCAAUCUAUGAUGCAAGUUGACUUAUCUUUGUCCCAAAUGUGUCUUAUGGUAGAGAUAUUUUGAGGUGAACAGAUCUGGUUUAUGAAUAUAACAAACAAGUGUUAGAAACCCGCACAAGCUAUGGGUCCUCUUGUGAAUUCAAAGCAGUUACAAGAUAGUUAUGAUUACUUCCCUCAAUCAAUAUAUGUUUAAUCUAUUUUUAUGCUAA